UUUCAUCUGUUGUUCAACUCUUUGUUUCCGUGUUUUUGUUUCGUCCAAGCACCGACUUUCCGCACUCUUCUUCAACCCUAACAAAACCAAGAAAGCAUGACUCGCUGUCUGGCCUUGUUUCUUUUUCUCUUUGUUUGAUUUUUCUCAAUCUCAACUAGCUUUCGAUUUCCCCCCCUUUCUCUUCCUUUCCAGUUACGUUUCUUUGAUUGGUUUCUCUUCUUCAUCUUCAUUGUUUACCGUCAGAAAAAGAAAAAUCAGAAUUGGUAGCGUGGACCAUGUAUUUUGAGUCAUCUGACAGAAAAGGGUUUAAAGAAGAAGAGAUGGGUGGAAGAGGUAAGCUCCCUUUUGCAUACUGUUCCUCCUCGUCUACUUCGUCUUCUCCUCAGUACAAAACCCAGUUGCCUCCUCUUGGCAACUCCCAGUCGGUAAGUGAAGCUAAUUUUGCACGCGUAGACUCAGAUUCAACGCUGGAGCUCAGGAGUACUGCGGGUGACAACAUCAAGAAAGAACACAUGUUCGAAAAAGUAGUCACUCCAAGCGAUGUGGGGAAACUCAACCGUCUUGUUAUCCCAAAACAACACGCGGAGAAGUAUUUCGCAUUGGAUUCUUCCACGAACGAGAAGGGUCUUCUUUUGAAUUUCGAAGACAGGAAUGGAAAGCCGUGGAGAUUCAGGUACUCUUAUUGGAGUAGCAGCCAAAGCUAUGUUAUGACCAAAGGGUGGAGCCGUUUUGUCAAGGAUAAGAAACUCGAUGCCGGCGAUAUUGUUUCUUUCCAGAGAGGGGUCGGUGAGUUUGGUAAAGGUCGUCUUUUUAUUGAUUGGAGGAGGAGGCCUGAUGCAUCGGAGACGCAGGUUUCUUUCCAUCCACAUCAUCAGCAACACCAUUUCCCCUUGCACCGCUCGAUCCCAUGGAGUCCAUUGCUAAUGCGACCGCCACCAACAGGAAGAGAUCACUCUCACCUGUCACAGAUAAACCCUCUUAGCCGAAAUAGCUACUACGGAGGUUAUCCUUCUGGGAGCAAUGUGGUGAAUCCAGGUGGUGCGAUGGGAUCGAUAGUUUAUCUGAGAUCAGCAGUGGUUUCAGCAGCCCCACAGAUGGGAAUGGGAAUGAUGGAGUGGCAACAGAAAGGUGGACUUGUAGAGCCAGUGGCGUUUGAUUCGGUACCGGUGGUCCAAGGCAAGGCAGCAGCCAAGAGGUUAAGGCUUUUUGGGGUGAACAUGGAUUGCCCCAUACCGGAGUCCGAUGAGUAUAAUGUGAUAUCCACGACUACAAUGACAUCACAGCCUCUUCAACGCUCUUCCUCAUCUCAGCAUCCUCUCCAAUUAAGGUUCUACAAUGGCACUCCACUGCCCCCCACUGACUUCCUUAGCCCAAUCAAAGGGAAAGCUUCCAUGUCCUUGGAUUUAGAUAUCUGACGACAACAUGUUGACUUGGCAUAAUGUUUCUCACAGUGAACCACCAAAAACAACAACAAAAUGCCUGGAGAUAUAUAAGACUAGAAGAAUUACAGUACCAGCUGCUAAUCCGCUUUUUCUUUCUUUGUUUGAUUUACCACUUGUUGAUUCUUAUGAGGAAGAAGACCCAGCUGCUGAAAUAUACAAUGCUGCUUUAUGAUCAUAUCAUAUCCUUAUCAAUGCUUAAUAAAAAGAGAUGGAAGAAUAUUAUGAGUGUUGUGAAAGGACAAGUAUUCAGAUUUCAGUGUCUUUUACUAGCGGGUUUGGGUGUCUGAAGAUCUAGGUAGAGAAUAGACAUAAGAGAUGAUGACAA